AUGUCAAAGUAUACCAACCUGACCCGAGAAGAGCUUAUCUCUCGACUCGAAUCUCUCGAGCUCUCCGCGCCGUCCUCCCCGACCUCCUCAACCUCACGGAACCUACUUCACUCCCGAUCCCCCUCCUUUCCUAGUAUAACAAUCUCCGCCCCUUCCAAGCCCCCCAAAACCAUAAAGCCUCCCAAAACAUUCCACUUCGCCGCGCACCCAACACGCCAUAUAGCCCUCAUGAUAGCCUACGAAGGCUGGCCAUACUCCGGGCUCGCAAUACAGGCGGAUACCGCCCAGGGUCCCGUGAAGACCGUCGAGUCGGAGCUAUUGGUAGCGCUGGAAAAGGCUAGGCUGGUGGAAGCGGGCAAGGGGCUCGAGGGGGCGGGGUAUAGUCGGUGCGGGCGGACAGAUCGGGGCGUGAGCGGGGCGGGACAGGUGGCUGAUCUUUGGGUGAGGAGUGCAAGGCGGAUGGGGGAUGGAGGUGCGGAGGUGGUCGGGUGGAGAGAGGCGGAAGAGCCCGUGGUUAGGCCGAAGAAGGUGGAGAAGCCGGAAGACGGAGAGGGGGAGUCAGAGGAGGAGAAGAGUCAGGUCAAGGUGCUGAAGAAGCCGAAGAGCCAACCGGCGGCCUCUCCGGAAGCUACGGAAUUUGCGUAUCCUCGACUACUCAACGCGAUACUCCCGCCCUCGAUCCGCGUCCUCGCUUGGUCCCCACUCCCCCACCCGCCUGUCGACCCAUCGCUCUCUUCAACCAAACCAUCCCUGUCGGACCCCUCAUCCGCCAACCCUGCUGCCUCCACCUCAUCCUCAUCCGACCCUACCACAUCAGCCUACCCUGACCCGCAAUACCUCCCCUUCAACUCGCGUUUCUCCUGCGCAUACCGCCACUACAAAUACGCCUUCCACUCCCCGCCCACGCCUUCGUCCCCUCCCCUCGAUAUCGCCCUCAUGUCCGAGGCCGCCCAGCUCUUGGUGGGCGAGCAUGACUUUCGGAACUUUUGCAAGCUGGACGGAAGUAAGCAGAUUGAGAGUCACAAGCGGGGGGUGUUGGAGGCGUACUUUGAGAAAGAGGGGGCUUUCGGUGAAGCCCGGGAGGACAGCUCGCUCUACGUCUUCAACCUCAUCGGGACCGCCUUCCUCUGGCAUCAAGUCCGACACAUCAUCGCCGCCCUCUUCCUCGUUGGCGCCCGACUCGAAUCGCCCUCGCUCAUCUCUGAUCUCCUGGAUGUGGGGAAGAACCCGAGUAAGCCGGCGUAUCAGAUGGGCGAGCCGGUACCGCUUACGCUGUGGCGGUGUGGGUAUACCGAUAAGGGGUUGGAGUGGAGGUAUGGGGGGUGGGAUGGGGGAGCGGAGGAAGAGGAAGAGAUGGAGAUGGAGAACCGGCGGAAAGCACAAGAAGGGAGGGAAAGCCUCGAGCGGGUAUUGGAGUCUCAGCGACAAGAGGCGGAGUUGAAGGCUUGGCAAGCUGGGAAUAUGCUCCGGUCGUUGAGGGAGACGCUGGGGCCGAUGCCUCCUUCUUCUUUGUCGAUCGGCGGCAAUGCGGGCGGGGCGGGGGGAGAUGGGCAGGGCAAAGGAGGAGAAGAGACCCCGGCGGUGUAUUCAAUAGGAGGCGGCGAGGUGGUCAUCACCGCAAAGUACAAACCGGUGUGCGAUCGGCCUAAAGGGGAAACACCCGCAGUCGUCAAUCGGAAAUGGAGGGAAAUGAGGGAGGUCAAGGGGAGGUGGAAGGAGAAUGCGAGGGGGAAGCCGAAAGCGGGCGAGGAGGUUUGA